UACAUGCAUUCACCUGCCAAAUUUGACUAGUUGUUUUGCAUUAUUGGCGCAAUAGUGUUUACGGUGAAAGUCAUGAGAGAUGAAUUGUUACUGUGCGUAUGCAAAUUGCCGUAAUAAAUACGUUCCAUGCUCGAGUAUAACAUUUUUCAACAUACCCAAAGACUACAGACGAGAAAUAUGGAUCGCGAAUUCAGGAAACCCUUCCUUGGCAAAUCUUAAAACGACAACACACAAACAAUUUUGCGAAAAACACUUUGAUCCGAAAUAUUUGCGGAGAAAUUUCACGCGGACUUUAUUACGGAAGGAUGCUGUGCCGUAUAAAUAUGACGAGCGGAAGGAUACUUCCAAAUCUUUAUAUGUAAGGGAACGACAGUUUACAGUGGACGAAAAGGAAAGCGACACUGCUCUCCAAUCAUCCGUCGAGGAUGAAUGUAUAAUAUCUUCAAAUUUAAUCGAAGAUGACGAAAUCAUAUAUCAGGAAUCUGAGGAUCAAACAUACGUCGAAGAUAUACAGUUUAAACCUGAGAAUCUGCAAGAGUAUACCCAUUUCUCAGAAUUACUAGAUGAAAACACCGAUUUCAUAACAAGCAUCGAUGAAAAUCCUGUAGAACAAUUGGAGGAUAGAAUCUCAGAAACGGAGGAACAUAUUAACGAUAUCAUCCAACCGUCCAGCUCCACGCAAUGUCAAGAAUCCACGGCGGACCGGGAUUCUCCAACACAAACACUCCCCGUACAGAAAACAGUAUCAAAUGAAGACUAUGACGAGGAUCGACAUUUUGCACUUUCGCUUCUCGGCUAUUUUAAACAUUUACCUCCUAGAACUAAGGCAAUAGCUAAGUUGAAAAUUCUACAGUAUCUUACGGAGUUGGAACUUGAUAAUCAUUCAGACGCGCUAAAAUAAGUAUUUCUGGAUCGAAACUGAAUGCAUGAAACCUUAUCCCUAUCAAAAUUAGUAACUGUUAUGAAUGUUUAUUGAUAUUUAAAUGUAGGGACUAAAACAAUUUUCACUUCUCAAAACUUUCAUUUGUUUUGUGACAGCAUUUCUUCAUGCACAUAAUUUCAUUCGUUGGAUAUGCUCCAGUAAUAUCAUGCGCUAUAGAUUAUGUUCACAAAUUUAUAGGAUCUAUUGCUAGAUCGACGACUGUUUAUAACAUAUUUUAUUCUUUAAAUGUAGUAAAAUAAGUGUAUAAUAAGUAUAGCCAAUUUUGUACAAAUAAAAAGUAAUAAAUUAAAUAUUAUUGUUA